AUGGAUACCAUACAAAGUAACGACACUCCCCUGGUUGAAAACGUACAGUACUUUGAUGAGGCUUCUGCGUACAAUGAAGACCACCCUGAGGACCCGGCCCGGAGUGUGGGGUCUGGCAAGGUGAAUCUCCCUCUUUUGGUGGAGGAGGUUCCAGACGGCCAACUCAGAGCCAAAUUUGAAGGUGAUUCGAAUGUUCGCCGUGUCCUUUCAAAAGAUGAAUCGGAUUAUUGCCUCACUGUUGACCGACUCGUGUGGAUCGACGGCUGGCAUAGCACGUCUGGGUCCGGGGACGACAAGAAGCGCAAGCAGGAAAUGACACUCCUGGUGUUGAACCUGACAUUUGAGAACAAGAGGCGCGAGAACAAGAUUGGUAGUGCCAUUGCUGAACUCACAUUCCUCUCGGACAUACCGGAAGGCCAAAACCCAGAGGUCACGGCCUGGGGCCCAUUCCGGCGCGUGACGUGCUGGAACCCGUCGACAGCCCAAUCGACAGUCAGUGUCAAGAGAAACCUCGAAGCCUCUGCGGGGUUUGCAGGCCAAAAGAUUUCGGCGUUGGAGGGUAAGGAGAAGGGGAUCUCAAAGGAAAUCGUCGACUUCGAUCAAGGAAGUUCGGCUCACUUCUACAGUGCGCCUAGAGGCAGGAGACAACCGGGAGAGAAGCCGAACGGAGUUCGGUGGAUGAUCAAGCAAAACGAUCUCCAAAGGCAAGGAAUUAACCCAGAGCUACGUAUUGCUGUCCUUGUCUCCAGACCUGAGUCAAUGGCGCCAUACCGAGUGUCAUUCCGCCUCGAAGCAAACACUGGCACCAAGGAAAGCUUUCGCAACACAGCUCAGCGGUACUCCGGUCGUCCGAUUGGGGAUCAGGUCAAUUGGCGCACCUCGCCAGGAGACGUGAAGAUGAGCUAUGGCGGAGGCAUCCACAUCGCCAAGUUGGUUGAACGUGAGAACCUGGGCACCCUCAUUAAAGAUCCAGGGGACGGAGAAAACCUGGACCAGCCCUGGCUGCAGCCAUGGAGGCGUGUGGAUCUAUCACAGCUUGCACAGGCAUGUCGGGCUGGGGCAGAGUCAACAUACGAGGCCGAGAGCAUGAUGCAUGGUGUCGAGGAGGCGGCAGGUGCGGCCACUUUUGGUGAAGCUGAAGUUGAUGUGCACAUUGAGCAGCACUCAGCUCAUGUCAUAGGGGAUGAAUCAGAAGUGCCCAUUAAGCGACCAGGUCCAAUGCCCUCUAUCGGUAUGUCCGGUAAGCCAGAAGUUGCAGCUGCAGCUGUUACUGGGGGGGAGGGAAAGGGGGCGGCAACAUCGACAACCGGCAACAGACGGCACGCAUCUCCCGAGCCUCGUCUUUCAGAAGGCACCACUUGUGACUGCCAGCUGGGUCGCAGAGGAUACCGCGAGUAUGACAGGCUUUUGUGGUUGGAAACUCGAACUGCGCAGGCCGAAGCUCGGCUUGCUUCUCAAGACCAGGUCAUAUUCGAUCUGCAGAAAGCAGUAACUGUACUGCAGCAGACCGUUUCUAGUGGCACCUACCAAACUUGA